AUGCAACCCUCAGAACCAGAGCGCUACAUCCGCAGCCGCAUCGCCAACGCCUGCGACGGGUGCAAGUCCCGCAAAGUCAAGUGCGACGGCAGAUUGCCAUGCAGCUACUGCACGCGUCGCCAGAAGCCGCACGACUGCCACUAUUCUCCCCAGCGGCGGCGUAAAGCGCAUUCUGUGCGGUCGCCGCAGACUUCGGAGCGGGCGCAGUCGACGAGACAUACUACGCCUUCUACGCCUGCUGCUGAACCUGUGAGGGAGAAUGGAGCGCAGAUUGAUAGAGAUGGUGGGGGACAGAUUGAUGCGGAGGAUGAGACUGAGGUUCCGAGGGAGGCGAGGUUGGUUUGCGAUGCGCAGGGGAAGUUAAUCUUUGUUGGCGAUUGUGCGCCUCUUUCGUUCUUUCAGAGCGUGAGACAACUCGUUACCACGCGUGUUGGACAGAAUGCUUUUGCGCCGCAGUCCAGUCGGUAUUCAGUCCUUGAAAACGCAACAGCACAUCAGUCGAGACGAAUACCAGGUGAUAACUGCAUACCAAUCGUUCACCCAGAUGAUAUCCCCCUCGCAGUAUCAAAUUACCUAUCCAUUGCUACCGGCCUCGUGGAUCUCUUCGACAACCGACGUCUUCAAGACGAUCUCAUCCUCUGGGCAAACAUGGACCAGAAGCAAGACGACGCGACAACCAUCGUCAACCUCCUUGUCCUCGCCAUCGGAAUGAAGAUCAACGAUGAGGAGCGAUCGCAGGAUUACUUUGAGUAUGCGCGCGAUAAAGCAUACUCCAACCUCACCGGCAAUCUCAGCGUCUCAACAGUCCAGAUGUUUACGCUCAUCACACUCUACAUGCUGUGCUCAUGCCAGAUCAACGGGGCGUUUCUCUUCUUCGGAACAGCGGUACGCGCAGCUUACUCCAUCGGUAUUCACAGAACAGAAGUCAACGCGCGUUUUGGGCCUGAUAUUCACAGACAGCGCGAUCGGCUUUGGAAGAGUAUUCGUGUCGUUGAUCUAUUUCUGAGUUCGUCCAUGGGCAGACCGCCUGCUACUUCAGACGUUGACUGUACGGUUCCGUAUCAGAGUCCUGAUGAGAACGUGGAAGAACCGGUGGAUCUGCUUAAUGCAUCUGUGCAGAUUUUCUUGGUGCUUGAGGGUGUUGUCACGGAGAUUUACUCACGGCGAAAAGUGUCGCUUCAGCUUACGGAGGGGAUAUCACUUCAGCUACGAGACUGGUCUUCGCGGUGGUUGAAGCAGCUUAAGGAUAUAGUUGCGAACCCGGAGGCUCAGGAUAGAGCGCAGGCGAGUGGUGCUUGUCAGAUAUUGGCGACGUAUUAUUACGCUGUGAUGCUGGUGUCGAGACCGUUUCUUAUGUAUGAGCUUUGUCGGCGGCUCUCUGAUGGUUCGGUCAACUCGAAUGGGAGAUCUGCUUUGACGAGUGGGAAGUCGAAACUUGCUGAUGCUUGUAUUGAUGCUGCGAGUUUGAUGGUUGAUCCGAUACUGGAUCUGAUUCAGAAGGGGAUUCUUGUUGGACAUGUUCCCAUUCUUGUAUCAUGGCUAUUCGCCAGCUCUCUCGUGCUUGGAGUUGGCCUCCUCGGUGGUUUUGGCCGCGUCCUCGAAAAGUACACCCGCAUGGCCAUCCACGCUCUAGACCACUGCUCAAAACACGACACCCACGCAGGCCAAUAUUCGCUCAUAGCCCAAUCCCUUCUAACAACGGCCCUCGAGUACCUCGAAAAACGCGAGCUCGCCGAACGUCAACGCCGCACCGAAAACUCGAGCCAACUCUUCGGUCUCAUACCCUCCGACACGAUGGACUCAUCCCCCACCUUCACAGGCCAAUCAAUAACUACACCAUCUUCCAGAGGUCGCGAAUCACUCGACAGGACGUUCUUACAGCAUAACGGGCUACAGAAUGUCGGAUCACCUUUAUUUGGCGACUUGGACUCAGCGUUCCUGGGGUUGAGUGAGAGUAUGAUGCAGACGCCUGAUCCGAGCUACUGGGGCGGUCCGAUGGGGAAUGAAGCUGACUCGGGAUCGGCUCUGAACUUGUUUGCGCUGUUGGAUGCGGGAGGUGGCAUUGACUUGACGCAUCAUCUGUGA